AUGGUCAAUCAGAAAUCAACAUUAUUUGUAGCAUAUGAUCUAUUCUCAGUUGUAGAUAAGGGUUUUGAAGUUGUCUCGAAUCAUGAAGGGAAGUGGUGCAAACUUUUUGCGGAUUUUAUUGCUGGAAAUAGCUACUGCAAUGCGAAAAACUGUGCUGUACACAGUGAUGAUAUGCUUUGGUACGUAUCUAUGCAAGAAAUCAGUCGAAACUUUUGCAUUGGUCAGGAAGGAAGUCAGCUUCAAGUAUAUAGGCGUCAAAGUCCAAAUAAACCCAUACUGAAUGAUCCUUCGAUAAAUUGGGAAGAAACCGUUUGUCUGAACCUCAUCCUUCAACAGUUAGAUUUUCAAGUCACUUGUGCUGUUUGUAUUAAAACCAGUCCACAGAACUUGCAAAUUUUGCGUAAAAAUUGUCAACGAGUGUACCCAUCACCGAGUAAACGACGGAUGGAUAGCAAAGGUGAAUGCGAAGAAAUCACUUAUCCAAAAAUCUAUUUCGCGAUAGAUGACUUUGAAGAGAUCUUUAGUGACAUAGUUGUUCGUGAUGGUGAAUGCGUUUGCGUUGAAUUGGUAGCGAAGGAUAGAUGCAAAAAUUGCGAGGCGGUUGUUUUUCUCGGUUCAAUUCGAUACGAAGUUCUGAAACAAGCGUACGAUGCACGCGCAUCGUUCUCUUGGCAGUGGACACAGAAAUUCAUAACCCCGAAUCAGCGACGCCGUGAAUUUGUUCGAAUGAGAGGACCACAUGGGAAAGUUAUGCUGAAUGCUAUUGUAGGGUAUGCAGAAAUGGCGGUCAUGCGCCUAGCAAAUUGUGGCUAUGAAACUCCUGUUCCAGAACAAUCAUCAAAUUUUGAAAGUCUGGGGCAAUGCGGGAUGCGACGCAUGUCUGAUACGAAUUUAAGUCAUUAUCCACAACGAUUAAUGGUAAUGUCUGGCUUAUCAGAUGGACAUGAUGCUAAUAGGGGACGACGCUGGCAAAGUGAAACAGAUACUAUAAAUCAAUAUCGAGAAGUUGAAGCUAGUAGUAUCGACGAUGUGCUAAAUGAAGGCAUGAUGAGUCGCCUGUGGUCAGUCCGCGGCUUUGGUCAAGCAUGGCACUGGCUUCGAGAGAAGCGAAGGGCUGAAAGCACUCCAUUGAAUGCAUUCCUGACAUACAUCACGCUUCCGUGGUCGACAGUCCUUGACGGUAGAAAAAUGGCUGUUUUAGAUUUACUUAUGGAACGACCUCGUCGACCGAUUCUUACUUUUGACUUAGUUAGUGUUAAAUCACUUUAUUCAAAGGUUUGCAAGGCACAAUAUGGUGAAGUGGCACCGCCAGCUCCGAUACCGCCAUCAAAUUAUGCAUCAAAUGAUCUCGAAGAAGUCUCUUUUACAAAUAAACCUUCGUAUUCAGAAAGUGAUAAUGAAAAUGAUAGCAAACAAAUCAUUCGACCGGAAGGUCAGUCAUCACCUCCACAGCUACUUCAUCUUACUGAAAACAUAACUUAUGGAUUACCGAUCGGAAGUGAAACAACAUCAAUAGCUGUAACGCAAUCAACUACUGCUCAACAAAAAAGUGGACAAACGUACAUUUCGACAACAAUAAAUUCAUUUCCACAAACAUACAAAUUCCCAUCACUUAAACAACGUACUAUAAUUUCAUCAUCAAAAUUUCAAUCACUUUCAAGCCGAUUGUCAACUACAAGAACUACACUUCAAACAACACGUCAAUCAGUUACCACACAACGUCCUCGGAUUAUUUUUACUUCAAGAAGACCUGCAUUAAUCGUGACAAAACAAUCGAGAACAUCACGUGUUCCGCAAAUAACCAACAGAAUAACUCGUAAUCAAACGAGUAGAACAUCGAGAACAACUCAUUUGCCAUCGCUAUUUACAGAAUCAAGGAGACCACAAAGUCGACUGAUUCCAUCUUCAGGUGAACGAUUGGGUUAUACUAACUUUGUCGUAAUAGCAAGCCUAUUAAACUCAUUAAAUCAUUGGUUAUGA